AUGCAGGAAGUGUUACCAGAUCCAUUUGCUGAGCGAGUGAUACCAAAAAUUGAUGCAAUGAAAGAAAAAUAUGAGCAAAAGAAAGCUUGUGAAGGUCGUGGUCGAAGACGCAAACUACCUGCGGUGAAAGAAUCAAAACGAGAAGGAGCUGAUAUGCGCAAAUUUUUCAGUCAAGACGGAAAUGGUGAACAAGAAAGUCAAUCAGAGAUGAAAGUGAAGCAAAGAAAGACAAGCAAAGAUGAUCAAUCGGACGAAAAUGAUAUCGUUGAAGAAUUGUCCGUUCAUGAGAGCAGUAAUGAUAGUGUUGUUGCUUUGCCAUCUUACGAGAAGAAAGACACCAACAAGAAAAAUGAUAUUAAAAAGGUAAGAAGCGUUCAGCGAAGUGUAGCUGCAGAAGGUAAAAAAACUACCAAAAAGGAAGCUAAGCGGGAAAGGGUUGAGAAGGCGAAGAAUAAGCAGAGUUCUCCAGUGAUGCGUAUGGAGGAUUUUUUUGAACCUAAAGUUGGAAAACAGGACCGGCAACAAGAGUGUUUGAAUGAAUCAGAUCUGGAAACUCCAGAUGAAGCAGGACCAUCAGGACGAAAAGAACUUCCGUUACGCCGAAGAGCUCGCAUAAAUUAUAAUGUUGAUAAAGACGGUGAUGAUGAUGACAGUGAGGAAGGAAAGACGGAGGAUGUCUCACCUGUGGUUCCGAAGAAAAAACGUACCAGGAAAGUGAUUGAAAGUGAUAGUGAUGAGGAUUAUGAAAUGCAGCUUAAUAGCGAUUAA